CUAGUCGUAGUGCCUACCAGCUGCCAGGGUACCUAAAGCAUACUGAUUCUCGCCUGAAGCUCGGUAUCUUCCUCUUUGUCUUUGUCGUAAACUCAUCUCACAUACAAAUUGAUAUCUUAAUGAGUUUCAUGAGAGCAUCGACCUCUACGUUCGUCAGGGGGAUUCGAACACGUCCAAUUACUCCUUUCUGUUACCAAUACGGUCAAAAGCCUUUCAGCACCACCACCAUGUCAUCUGGUCCGCAAAGGCGUUUCCUACGCCCGGCAAUCCUUAUCUGCGACAUGCAAGAGAGGUUCCGCACGGGCAUCUGGCAAUUCGACAAGAUCAUCCUCACAGCACAAAAGAUCCUCCGCGCAGCCCAGAUCCUCAAGAUAUCCGUCUACGUAACAACGCAAAACGCAGCCAAGCUCGGGGCCACAGUCUCAGAGCUCACAGACCUAAUCGCGGGCGCCGAAGUCAACGUCGACAAGACAGCCUUCAGCAUGCUUCGCGCCCCCGAAAUCGAAGCGCACUUCCCCAUCGUGCUGCCGCCGGAGGCCACGGAGCAGCGCGAGGUCGCGAUCGUGGGGAUCGAGAGCCACAUCUGCGUCACGCAGACGGCGCUCGACCUGCUCGCGCGCGGACACAAGGUGUACGUGCUAGCGGACGGGGUGAGCAGCUGCAACACGGAGGAGAUACCGGUUGCGCUGGCGCGGCUGACGGAGGCCGGGGCUACGGUCACGACGAGCGAGAGCUGGCUGUUCGAGUGUAUGGGCGACGCGGCGAUUCCGGAGUUCAGGGAUAUGGCGGCGUUGGUUAAGCAGACUAGUGAGAGCUCGAAGACGGUUUUGGGGAGCUUGCUUGCGCGGAUAUAAGGUGUUUUGAGAUGUGAUGGUCAUUUUAUUCGUAAAAUACCUAGUUUUAUACU